ACUAGGUGGCGGUCGUGCACCGUUUCGUUGUUUGCCAACACCAAUUGUGCAUUAAGAACAACAGCUGUGGACAGAGGGGCCGUCAUGUGCACCAUGGAGAGUUUGCGUGUGCUCGAGCUCUACAGUGGAAUAGGAGGGAUGCAUUAUGCAUUAAAGGAGAGUGGCAUACCUGGCCAGGUGGUGGCUGCUGUCGACAUAAACACCACUGCCAAUCAGAUCUACAGGCACAAUUUCCCUGACACCCCACUCUGGAACAAGACAAUAGAGGGCAUACCACUAGAUGACUUUAAUAAAUUAUCUUUUGACAUGAUUUUGAUGAGCCCUCCUUGCCAACCUUUCACCAGGAUAGGUCUUCAGGGUGACAUUCAUGACCUCAGAACCAAGAGCUUCCUCUACAUCCUCGAUGUUUUGCCAAGGCUGCACAGGCUGCCCCGCUUCAUUCUGCUGGAGAACGUGAAAGGCUUUGAGACUUCCUCUGCCAGGAAUAUUUUGGUGAAAACACUGAUGGAGUGUGGAUAUACUUUCCAGGAGAUCAUGGUCUCACCCACAAGUGUUGGGAUUCCUAAUUCAAGAUUGCGUUAUUUCCUGAUUGCUAAGCUUGCAACAAAUAACUUAAGCACCCAGACAAAGAUUUCAGAUGCCCACCUACAUCCCUCUGAGUAUGAUUCGUCUGAGCUGCCCACAGACUUGUAUCCGACCCACACAAGUACCUGCCAGCCAGAAGAGGACUUGCAGGGGGGUCAUGUCCUGUAUAAACUGGAGACAGCAACUGAUGUGCAGCGGAAAAUGAUUCAGAACAACAAUCUGUCUGUCAGGCAGAUCCAAGACUUCCUGGAACCACAGAUGGAAGCAAACUUGGAGAACUUUCUCCUUCCUCCUAAAACCCUACUGCGAUAUGCUCUGCUCUUAGACAUUGUUCAGCCUUCAUCCAGGAGGUCUGUCUGCUUUACCAAAGGCUAUGUACGGUAUGUGGAAGGAACUGGCUCAGUACUGACAAGCUGUAUGGAAACAGAGAUGGAGCAUGCGUUUACUCAUCUGGACCAGUGCUCUGAAGAAGAAAAACUCAAGCGGCUAAUGAAAUUGAAGCUCCGAUAUUUUACUCCAAGAGAAGUUGCCAACCUCAUGGGUUUCCCUCAGAGCUUCUGCUUUCCAGAACAAAUCUCAACCAGGCAGAAGUACAAAGCUCUAGGAAACAGCCUGAAUGUUGUGGUGGUGACCAAACUCUUACAAACGCUACUCUCCUAGCAUUUGGGAUGUUUCUCUGGAGAAACUACGGAAUUAUUCCUAGUCAUUAGUGAGCCCUCCUCGAUCAGUUCAGAAUAUACUGACUCUUUUUAAAUGUUAACUUGCUGGACAUUGUUUGUAUAUAUUUUAUAUAUAUUCUAUGAUGCAGACUAAAGUUAGAAAACGUUUUGUACAUCCUACCUGUUUUAUCUGCAAUGGUUUUUUCAUAAAAUGAAACUGAAUUAGCUUUAUUACUAUUCACGUGUGUGGUUUAUAUAUAAGUUUGAAAGAUUUACUGGUGUUAUUUUUUUACAUUUCAUGUCGACCUUUUCAGUAGUCUUUUAAGUAAUCGACAAAAUCUGCAGACCCAAGUUCUCAACCUUUCAAAAUAUAAACUCUGUAAUUCAGCUUGAUAUGAAGCAUUACGGUAACAAAAUAAAGGUGAUUUUACCAUUUUA